AUGGUGGAGACUCGCCGGAGCUCCGCCGCCGUGGCCGCCGGGAAGCGCCCGUCCCCGUCGCCGUCCUCUUCGUCCGUACCUCCCCCGAAGCGGCCCAAGGCGGAGUCCCCGGGGUCACCGACGGCGUCCGCGCCCGGGAGGGCCGAGGAGGAUUCCGUGGCGGGAGCGGCACCCGCGAGGAGCACCGGCUCGGCCGAGGACGUGUCGGCGGUGGCACAGAAAGAUCAAGGAGCGGAUAAGCCUUCUUCCGCCGCGGCCGAGAGUUCGAAGAGGAGGAAGGAGCCGGAGCAACAGCAACCCGCAGCACCAUGGGCGAAGCUGCUCUCGCAGUGCUCACAGACUCCUCACCAUCCCAUCAGUGUGGCUCAGUUUUCUGUUGGUCAAAGCAAAAGCUGUAAUUUGUGGCUGAAAGACCAACCUGUUAGCAAAGUGCUUUGCAAGCUGCGGCGCCUUGAGCAAGGAGGUCCAUGUGAGUUAGAAGUUCUAGGGAAGAAGGGUAUGGUCCAAUUAAAUGGAAGGCCCAUAAGUCCAGGCACAAAAGUUCCCCUUACAGGAGGGGAUGAAGUCAUAUUCAGUUCAUGCGGAAAGCAUGCUUAUAUUUUUCAGCAUCCUUUGAAUGACAAAGUUCCUAAAACGGUGCCAUCAUCUGCUGUUAGCCUUCUAGAACCUCCCGUUGCUAGCGUAAAGCGCAUCCGUACAGAUAAGAGAACAGGAGACACUUCAGCUGUUGCUGGUACAGAGAUGUUGGCAUCUACAUCUAAUCAGCCGAAGGAUGUAGCAGCAGUACCUCCGGCGGCAGCCGGAGAGAACAGCCAAAGAGUAGUGCGGCCAAUGGCAUCAUCUGCUUCUGAUAAAUCAAAAGGGCGUGCUGUGAGCCCUGAUAAGGAAUUUGAGAAUGGGGAAAAUGCUAAUGAGGUAAAUUCUAACAUUGAAGACUCUCCAAUGGAUGUCGCUGCAGCCCCCAUAUCUCCUGAUGAUGCUGCGAACGAUACCUGUCAACAAAAUGGCUUUGGGCCUGAUACUCAUCUUGGUGCAGAAAUCGGUAAGAUUGCAACCUAUAAGAUAAGGCCAGUUCUGACGAUGAUUAGAGGAUCAACUAUAUCCGAGUUCGAUUUGACUGGUGAUCUUUUUAAAGCUCUUGAAGAUCAGAGGGAUCUCAUCAGGGAUCUUAACGCUUCAACCAGUGUGCCUCCAAGUAGAUGUCAAGCCUUUAAGGAUGGGAUGAAACAAGGAAUUAUUAAUCCAAGUGAUAUUGAUGUUACCUUUGAGAAUUUUCCUUAUUAUCUCAGUGAGAAUACAAAGAAUGUGCUCUUAUCAUGUGCAUUCAUACACUUGGAAAAGAAGGAGUUCAUCAAGCAGUUUGCUGAGAUUUCAUCAAUAAAUCAGCGAAUUUUGUUAUCUGGUCCAGCAGGUUCCGAGAUUUAUCAGGAAACAUUGGUAAAGGCACUUGCCAAACAUUUUGGUGCUAGACUCCUUGUCGUGGAUUCACUUUUGCUGCCUGGGGCACCUUCCAAGGAUCCAGAAUCCCAGAAAGAUGUUGGGAAGGCUGAUAAAUCGGGGGAUAAGGCAAUUGCUGAGAAGUUUGCAAUAUAUCAGAAGCAUCGUUCUUCGUUGGCAGACACUGUUCACUUCAGGAGGCCAGCUGCACCAACUUCCAGUGUGAAUGCUGAUAUUGUGGGAACAUCCACUCUGCAUUCUGCAUCUCUACCGAAACAGGAAAAUCAACAGCUACAUCCAAGAGCUAUACUUUCAGAGAAGGUGAUAGGGUGCGUUAUGUGGGUCCAGCUCAGCCACCCUCGUUGUCACAAAGUAGGCAAUGCAUGCUUUAGUACUGCAAGGAAGUUUAUCAUUAGUGGUAUUAGAGUUUCAGGGACAGAUAAUUUGUGCCUUAAAUUUUGUAUAAAGUGGAUAUUUAAUGACUUUUGUCAUUCUAUUGGUAUGAGUUCUGACGAGAGGGGACCAAGUUAUGGUUAUCGAGGCAGAGUGAUGCUUGCUUUUGAAGAUAAUGGAUCCUCAAAAAUUGGAGUCAGAUUUGACAAGCAGAUCCCUGAUGGUAAUGAUCUUGGCGGUUUGUGCGAGGAAGAUCAUGGCUUCUUCUGCUCUGCUGAAUUACUGCGCCCAGACUUUUCUGCCGGUGAAGAAGUUGAGAGGCUAGCUAUGACCGAGUUAAUAGAGGUCAUUUCAGAAGAGAACAAAGCUGGACCUCUGAUAGUGUUACUUAAGGAUGUAGAGAAAUCAUUCACUGGAGUUACAGAGUCACUUUCAUCUUUGAGGAGCAAACUUGAAUCGCUUCCAUCUGGUGUUCUUGUUAUAGGAUCCCACACCCAGAUGGACAGCCGCAAAGAUAAGGCGCAUCCUGGAGGUUUUCUUUUCACAAAGUUUGCCAGUAGCAGCCAGACACUUUUUGACCUUUUCCCGGAUAGCUUUGGUAGCAGGUUGCAUGAAAGAAGCAAGGAAAGUCCAAAGGCAAUGAAACAUCUAAAUAAACUUUUCCCAAACAAAAUUUCGAUCCAGCUUCCACAGGAUGAAGCUCUACUUACAGAUUGGAAGCAGCAGUUGGAUCGUGAUGUUGAAACACUUAAAGCCAAAUCAAAUAUUGGUAGCAUUCGCACGUUUCUGAGCCGCAAUGGAAUUGAAUGCAAUGAUCUUGAAGAAUUAUUCAUCAAAGACCAAUCACUGAGUAAUGAAAAUGUGGACAAGAUUGUUGGGUACGCAGUGAGUUAUCACCUUAAGCACAAUAAAAUUGAAACGUCCAACUCCAAGGAUGCUAAACUUGUACUCACAAGUGAAAGCCUUAAGCAUGGGCUCAACAUGCUGCAAAGCAUGCAAAGUGAUAACAAGAGCUCCAAAAAAUCACUGAAGGAUGUUGUCACAGAGAAUGAGUUUGAGAAAAGGCUUUUGGCGGAUGUUAUACCACCUAAUGACAUUGGAGUUACCUUUGAUGAUAUUGGAGCCUUGGAGAAUGUAAAGGACACGUUAAAGGAGCUGGUGAUGCUCCCUUUACAAAGACCUGAAUUGUUCUGCAAAGGGCAGUUAACAAAGCCUUGCAAGGGGAUAUUGCUUUUCGGACCUCCUGGCACUGGGAAAACUAUGCUUGCCAAAGCAGUAGCAACUGAAGCAGGUGCUAAUUUCAUCAAUAUAUCAAUGUCGAGCAUUACAUCGAAGUGGUUUGGUGAAGGAGAGAAGUAUGUAAAGGCUGUUUUCUCACUAGCAAGUAAAAUAGCCCCCAGUGUUAUAUUUAUUGAUGAGGUCGAUAGUAUGCUAGGAAGGAGAGAAAAUCCAGGGGAGCAUGAAGCGAUGCGCAAGAUGAAGAAUGAAUUUAUGGUAAAUUGGGAUGGGUUGCGCACUAAAGAUAAGGAGCGUGUGCUUGUUCUUGGUGCUACAAAUAGACCGUUUGAUCUGGACGAGGCUGUGAUUAGGAGGUUCCCCCGCAGGUUAAUGGUAAACUUACCUGAUGCAUCAAAUAGAGAGAAAAUUCUAAAAGUAAUUUUGGCAAAAGAAGAGCUGGGAUCGGAUGUUGAUCUGGACUCACUUGCCAAUAUGACUGAUGGUUAUUCAGGAAGCGACCUUAAGAAUCUGUGUGUGACCGCAGCGCAUUAUCCCAUUCGAGAAAUUCUGGAGAAGGAAAAGAAGGAGAAGAAUUUGGCUAAAACAGAAGGUAGGCCAGAGCCUGCAUUGUAUGGAAGCGAGGACAUCCGUCCUCUUAGCAUAGAUGACUUCAAAUCUGCCCAUGAGCAGGUUUGUGCGAGCGUUUCGUCUGAUUCAGCAAACAUGAACGAGCUUCUUCAAUGGAAUGACCUGUAUGGUGAAGGCGGGUCAAGGAAGAAGAAAGCGCUGAGCUACUUCAUGUGA